UGAUGUGGAACUCGAUGAUCACUGGUUAUGCUCAACACGGAUUAGGGGAGGAAGCACUCCGCGUAUUCAAUGACAUGCAACUUGCAGGAAUGGCACCUGAUUCAAUUACUUAUAUAGGGGUCCUCACUGCUUGUAGCUAUACCGGGAAAGUUGAAGAGGGCAGGGAAAUUUUUAAUUCUCUGUGUACGAAUUCUGCCAUCCGACCAGGAGCCGAGCAUUAUUCUUGCAUGGUUGAUUUGCUUGGUCGAGCUGGACUUGUAGAUGAAGCAUUGGAUUUGAUUAAGAACAUGCCAUCUGAACCGGACGCUAUCAUCUGGGGGGCUCUGAUGGGUGCCUGUAGGAUGCACAAGAAUGCUGAGAUUGCCGAACUUGCUGCUAGGAAGCUGUUAGAGCUAGAACCUGAGAAUGCUGGACCAUAUGUUUUGCUCUCUCACAUUUAUACAUCCACUGGGAGGUGGGAAGAUGCUUCCAAGUUGCGGAAGUUCAUUAGCUCAAGGAAUUUAAACAAGUCACCAGGCUGUAGUUGGAUAGAGUACGACAAGAGGGUACAUCUCUUCACAUCUGGUGAUGUAUUAACACACCCAGAGCAUGCUAUUAUCACUAAGAUGUUGGAGAAGCUAGAUGGUCUAUUGAUGGAAUCUGGUUACUCAGCUGACGGAAGCUUUGUGCUGCAUGAUAUUGACGAGGAGCAAAAAGUUCAUAGCUUGAGAUAUCAUAGUGAGAGGCAGGCUGUAGCAUAUGGACUUUUAAAAGUCCCAGAAGGAAUGCCAAUUCGUGUCAUGAAGAACCUUAGAGUGUGUGGUGACUGCCAUGCUGCAAUGAAGCUGAUUGCAAAGAUAACUUCCCGGGAAAUCAUACUCAGAGAUGCUAAUAGGUUCCAUCAUUUCAAAGAUGGAUUUUGUUCAUGCAGGGACUAUUGGUGAGGUGAAUGGCUAGGUCAAUUCCUUCCUCUACAUCAUCUCAUCC